UUCCUAUUUCGAGGUGUCAGCAACCACACGUAUUUUGACACGUAGAUAAAUAGCUAUUGUUCCUAUACACAAAGUGCCUCUCUUUGUUUUCCUCAGCUACGUGAAAAGAAACAUACAAAAGGAGAAAUAAUAAGUAUAUCUCUAAAUUAGGCUCAUUGCAAUAUAAUAUUCUAAUAUAAUUGAAUAAAAAAUCAACGAGCUUUUAAAAUGAACGACGAUGUAUCGCGAGGUGUCACCAAGGAUGUAGCGAGCACAGUUGAACAUCACGUCAUGGACAUCCUGAAUCCCACAUUGCAUCAUCACGAUUUAUUACAAAGUUACGUGCGGACACCCGUGGAAAUUGGUUCCGAUUCGAAACAGGAUGUCGAAGAAUUCGAGGAAUCGACCAAGGAAGCGCGUUCGAGCAAAUAUCCGACGAAGACGAAUGGCAACGACAAUUUUCGCUAUGACGGUAGAAAAAAAAAGAAUAAUAACCGAAUGGAAAAGGAGAGGUCCAAUAUCAUCACCACCGCCGUUGAAUCAGAGAUGAGAAUUCAGAAGUCGAAAAAAAAGUGACGCCAAUAUGAUGGCGAUAAUCAUCGGCAGGAAGAAGUAUACACCGAUAAAGAUCGCGCCGCAGCCGUAAACAUGGGUAGCACGGAUAUAAAGCAGUCUCUGAAGAUGAAGCAACGUCAAGAUCGCAGCAGAGAUUUACAAAUCCCGGAGGAGACCGAGCCCGGAGCGUUGCUGACACUUGGUCUGCGCGAAAUGCGCUUCGGUGAUUUCAAUAUCGCUAUCAACUUCAUUAAUAAGGCAUUGGAAUUGAAUCCCAAUGAUAAGAACGCUUUAAUAGCGCGAAGCAAAUGUCAUCUUUUAUUGGGUGAUCCACGAAAAGCGCUGGACGAUGCUGAGGCAGCUUUACGAUUAAAUCCUAAAGAUUCUAGCAACGCCAAAGCUGUAUACUGCAAAGCAGAGGCUCUCUAUCAUUUAGGCGAUUUCGAAAUGAGUUUGAUGUAUUAUUAUCGCGGAAUGAAGAUUCGUCCAGAAUUCGGCCAAUUUCGUCUAGGUGUUCAAAAAGCAAGAGACGCGAUACAGAACAUAUUACGUAAGAAUUGAUAGGCAUUCUUAUUAACGAUCGUUGAUAAGAAUUAAAAAAUUAAAAUUAAAAAUUAAAAAUUAAAAAGAUAUCUUGAGAUAUCUUAUAGAAAUAUGUUUUUAGAUUUCGAAAAUGUUGAUAAAUUUAUUUUUUGUACAAAAAAAAAACAUGACGGACAUAUUAAUUGCCUCUCGCUUAAAAGAAUUUUUCAAGUUUUUAAAUACAAAUUUUUUAUUCGAUAGCUGCUUAUAAUAAACUUAUACAUUACAAUAGACUCGUCAGGCAAUAAAAUGUAUAAUAACAAACAGCUUUAUUAGUGUACAAUGAUAGUUUCAAUUAAAUGGUUAUUUCGUUUAAGCUUUCGAUAUAUUGAAAAUCAGACUGACGUUACGCGAUUGAUCCAGAAAUGUGUAUAAUAUUUAAAAUAAUAUUUAAAACGGUUUGCAUUUAAAGCGGUUAAUAUUUAAAGCAUUUUCUAGGUUACAAAAACGUUCUUUUUAAUCUAUUUUUCGAAGGCUGCUUUAAUUUUAUGCUCCAAUAGUAAAGCCAAAGCAAUUUUUAUUAAUAAUUCUCGUGAUUGUUCAGUUUUGACAAUUGUCUUUGCCAAUACAUUUUUUUCUUAAUUUUUUAUAUAAAUUUAUUCUGUAAAAGCACAAAGUUAAUUUGGUAGUGCAUUGCUUUUUCUCACGCGUAAUGCGUUGACACUUUUUAUAUGUAGACUAUUAGAAAGAAAAAAAUAUCUGCAGUAAAAAAAUUAAAACGUGUCUAUAUAUUUAUAAA